GUUUUCAAAUCAAGACAGAGUCCGCUGUGAGAGCUUAACGAUGCAGAGAACAGGCAAAGGCAAGACUCCUCGGAGGCACGGACCUAGGAAGGCCUCCAACACAGAGAAAGAUCCAGUUGGAGUGUACUGCCGUAUACGACCGCUUGGAGCAGAAGAUGAGGAGUGUUGUGUUGACAUGAUCAGCAGCUCCACUAUUCAGCUGCAUGCUCCCGACGGUCUGAAAGCCAACCGCAAUGGAGAAUUCAAAGAGACACAGUACACCUUCAAAAAGAUAUUUGGUAUUAAUACCACGCAAGUUGAGCUUUUCGACGUUAUUGCCAAGCCGCUGAUUGAUGACCUCAUCGACUGUAAGAAUGGUCUGCUGUUCACUUACGGUGUUACUGGAAGCGGUAAGACCUUCACCAUGACCGGCGCUCCUGGGGACGGUGGACUCCUCCCGCGCUCUUUAGACAUGCUCUUCAACAGCAUCAGCGCCUUUCAGGCCAAAAGAUUUGUGUUUAAACCGGAUGAGAAAAAUGGGAUGGAGAUUCAGAAUCAAGUUGACGCUCUGCUGGAGAGACAGAAGCGAGACAGUCAGCCGUCUGUCCCCAAGACACCAGCCUCCAGGCAGAGGGCUGACCCAGAAUUUGCAGAUAUGAUCAGCGCGGAUGAGGCUUGUAAAUCUGAGAAUGUGGACGAGGACUGUUGUUACAGCGUCUUCGUGUCCUACGUCGAGAUCUACAACAACUACAUCUAUGAUCUCCUGGAAGAUGCUUCGUUUGACCCAAUCAGAUCAAAGGCGCCUCAAUCCAAGAUUCUCCGUGAAGAUCAGAAUCAUAACAUGUAUGUGGCUGGCUGCACGGAAGUGGAGGUCAAAUCCACAGAAGAGGCGUUUGAAGUCUUUUGGAAGGGGCAAAAGAAAAGGAGGACGGCCAACACUCAACUCAACCGGGAAUCCAGUCGCUCCCACAGUGUGUUCACGGUGAAGUUGGCCCAGGCCCCACUGGAUGCUGAUGGGGACCACAUUCUACAGGACAGAAACCAGGUGAAUGUGAGCCAGCUGUGUCUGGUGGACCUGGCAGGCAGCGAACGCACCAGUCGAACCAGAGCAGAGGGAAGCCGACUCCGUGAAGCCGGUAACAUCAAUCAGUCUCUGAUGACACUGCGCACAUGUAUGGAAGUCCUGAGGGAAAACCAAAUGUAUGGAACUAACAAGAUGGUACCAUACAGAGACUCUAAAGUCACACAUCUGUUCAAGAACUACUUUGACGGCGAAGGAAAAGUCAGGAUGAUUUUGUGCGUCAACCCAAAGGCCGAUGAUUAUGAAGAAACUAUGCUGGUGAUGCGCUUUGCCGAGAUGACCCAGGAGGUGGAGGUGGCGCGACCGGCCGAUGGGCCGAUCUACGUCCUUCCUGCAGGACGCAGACAAAGACACCAGGCGUCCAGAGAUGAGAUGUCACGUCGACAUGAAGAACGAGGAGGUCCCGGUAAUUCUGAUGACCCAGAUAUGCUGAGUCGGCUGAUUGAAAGCCUUCCAGCCCUGCCCCCUAGUGAGGUGGUGGACGCAUUCGAUGAUCAGACACUGCCCCGCCUGGUUGAAGUCCUGGAGAAGAGGCAACACAUUCGUCAGAUGAUAUCAGAGCAGUUCAAAACAAAAGCCAAUACACUGAUGUCCAUGCUUCAGCAGUUUGACAACCAGCACAGUGCAAAGGAGACUUUCCUACACAAUCAGCAAAGCAAACUAAACGAGAAAGACAAAAUGGUCGUCAGUCAGAAGAUGGAGCUGGAACGUUUGGAGAAAAAAUCCAAAAUGCUGGAAUAUAAGAUUGACAUCCUGCAAAAGACGACAGACAUGUAUGAGCAGGACAAACGCUCACUGCAGAAUGAGCUGGAGACCCGGGAGCAAAGGCUCCAGAGGGAACUCGGUGAGAGGAGGCGCUUGGAGCAGCGCAUGCAUGGCGUGGUGACGGACACCCGACACAAGUGGGAGAAGGAGUGUGAGAGACGAGUGAAUGCCAAGCAGAUGGAGAUGCAGAACAAGUUGUGGGUGAAGGAUGAAAAGUUGAAGCAGCUGAAAGCCAUAGUGACGGAGAGCAAUAGCACCAGCGGCGGUAGUUCAUCUGAAUGUCCAGAGAAACCCGCAAGGCCUUCAAGAGAGAGGGACAAGACCAUCACCCAGAAGAGGUCUGCAUCCCCAUCACCGACCCCUGACUUCAGCCAAACUCCUUCCCACCCAAAUCGAGCCCAUGUUAGAGCAGUUCAGGACCCUUACACCACCCCUUCCUCCAGCACUCCCUCCACCUCCUCUUCAGCUUACCGUUCAGUGGCCUCCUCCAUCUCAGAUUGGGAGCAGAAGUACCCUGUAGGCGCUGGGACUCCCCAGUGCAGGAGCCGGACUCCCCUAUGCCACGGCACCAGCAGCGUGGGUCGCAGGAGAGGCCAGCACUUGGCCAAAGACACUGAGGCCUCUGCUACCACUCUCGUCUACGGGCUAGACCUAGAGGCAGGCAGAAGGACGGCCCUUCCCGUCCAUCCAAUGCACAGACGCUCACACUCUGCGGGUGGGGAGAAAUGGGUAGACCACAAACCCUCCUCUAAUUUGGAGCUAGACACUUUCAUGCAGCCAAUCAUACCCAAUGCAAUCAAAGUGUCGACCCCCAGCGAGAAAGCUCUGUCUAAAUGCCAAAAGUAUGUGCUCAGACAUCAAGAGCUCGCCUCUGACGGGGAGAUCGAGACCCAACUCAUCAAGGGUAAUGUUUUUAAGACCAGGGGCGGAGGACAAGCUGUGCAGUUUACUGACAUCGAGACGCUAAGUCAAGAGUUUUCAACAGCACCGAGUCGCAAAAGGCGAUCUGGCUCUGGAGAAGGUCGAGUUCAACGAGAGAACAUCGAAAACGUGCCUCCAGUAUCGAGCACAAGUUCCAGCCAUGGCUACCAAAAACGGAGAAAGCCUUGAGUCGCUGACAAUCUGAAGAACCUUUUUUUCUUAAACUUAUGUGAUGAGUCAUGCAAAGAAUAUUUUUAGUUUUUUAAUUUAUAGUUCUGCUUGCUUGCUUUUUUAAAAUUUAUUAGAAGUGACGCCGAAGCUUGUGGAUUAUGCAAAAAAUAGUGACCCGUGUUUUGAAAUUCCAGUGUGUAGAGUUUGUAAAUAUUUAGCUGUUAAGUAGAUUUUACUGAAAUCAAUUCUCUUACCCCCAUGAAUAAGUAUGAUGAAACUUUUAACUCCUGUCUUUUAAAACAGGAUGUGUAGCACACUGAUUUCUUUUUUGGUGGCAUUAAAUUCCUUUG